UGGAAUAAACGGAGCAGCAGCUGUUGUUGUUCGGACAUGCUCUUAAGUCUACCGCCCCGUUUAUUGUUUUCCUAUUAAAUCGUAUAGUUGGGCGAACCCAGAACCCUCGGUACCGCUAGUACAGAUGUGGAAGCUCGGCUCCCUGAUUUAACUCCAGUUUUGGGGCCUUAAGGCCGCGCCGACGCGGCCGUUAUCCACGCCGAGCCCCAGCUGCCCAGAUAACCCGCGUGCCGUGCACGGUGGCUUUACUAAGUAGGCCAAGAGCGCGACUUUAAGAGCACGUGUCUGUAUCGAGGCGAAACCCCCAUGAAGGAGCCUUUUGAUAUUUUUUUUUUAGGGUCAGAAACCCUUUAUAAAGAUGUGCCAGCCGGGGCGGCUUGUUAUGCCGUGCCCUGUGGACACCCGCUGCGUGUUAUCAGCAUGAGUACGACUCCGCUCUUCGGACAGAUCAUCGGCGUCUCCCUCGUGGCCGCCAUCGUCCUCUUCCUCCUAAUUAACGCAGUUUCCCGCCGCGGCCAAGCGCGGCGCUUGCCGGCGGGCAGCGGGCGGGCCGUGCUGAUCACUGGCUGCGACAGCGGCUUCGGGUACCACCUGGCCCGGCGUUUGGACGCGCAGGGCUUCGCCGUGUUCGCCGGGUGUCUGCUCCCGGACGGAACCGGGGCCCGGUGCCUUGCCAAAGAGAGCUCCGGUAGACUGAGGAUCCUCAAACUCGAUGUCACCCGUCGGGAAGACGUGCAGCAGGCCAAGAAGGCGGUGGAGGCCGAACUUCCGGAGGCAGGCCUCUGGGCAGUUGUGAACAAUGCUGGCAUCUCUGACUGGGCAGAGAUAGAAUGGAGCACCAUUGACGAUUUUCAGAACAUGGUUGACGUCAACCUGUUUGGCUGUAUCAGGACCUCUAUUGCAUUUCUACCAUUGGUCCGUGCCUCCAAAGGACGGAUGGUUUAUGUGUCAAGCAUCUUUGCAUUCUUCAACUGUCCUAACAUGGGAGCCUACAGUGUGUCCAAGAGAGGACUAGAGGCAUUUGCUGACUGUUUGAGGGUUGAGAUGGCCAGUUUUGGUGUCAAGGUCAGUAUCAUACAGCCGGGGAAUUUUGGCCAAGCCACUAAUAUCCUGAAGAUGAAAACAGGAUUGGACAUCUGGGAGAAGUUAGAUGAUGAACGCAAACAGCGAUUCAACCGACAGUAUAUUGAGCUGGCCAGUGAGUACUUUAUGUCAACGUGCAAGGCCGGAUGCAACAAUGUAGACCAAGUCAUCAAUGCAAUGAUGGAUGCCAUCACAUCCCAACAGCCGAAGUACAGAUACCUGCUCGUCUCAAAGAUGGAUAUGUUCUUCUUUGCUGCUCUGCCUUAUCUGCCGACCUUCAUGAGCGAUGCCAUCUUUUCCCUGAGCCCAAUGUAUGCCAAGAGAAAAGCGAUGCUUUAUUCUGAAUAGUAACGGCACAUAAAACUCUUGCAUAUACUUUGAUUUUUUUGGGGGGGGUUUGCACAUUGACUUUGCACACUGACACAUUGACUUUGUGACAUGUAGAGGGAAAUUAGUCGUUUUGUAUUACGACAUCUCAUCUCAUCAUCAGCCGCUUCUCCGGGGUCGGGUCGCAGUAGCAGCAAGCUAAGUAGGGCACUCCAGACAUCCCUCUCCCCAGCAACGCCCUCCAGCUCUUCCUGCGGGAUCCCAAGACAUUCCCAGGCCAGAUUGGACAUGUAGUCCCUCCAGCGAGUUCUGGGUUUACCCUGGGGUCUCCUCCUAGUUGGACGUGCCCGGAAAACCUCCAAAAGAAGGUGCCCAGGAAGCAUCCUAAUCAGAUGCCCGAACCACCUCAACUGGCUCCUUUCAACACAAAGGAGCAGCGGCUCUACUCCGAGCUCCCUCCGGAUGUCUGAGCUCCUCACCCUAUCUCUAAGGCUGAGCCCAGACACCCUGUGGAGGAUAUCUGUUUUAGUAAACUCUCCAUAAAGUUUGUCUUUUUAAAAAAACACAAUUUUUUUCCCCCUGUUCCUGGUAUUAAUUCAGUUGCCAGGAUCUAAAGUGGCUCCUUGUUCUGUUUUUGAAUUCCACCCAUUCCAUCCAUUAUCCAAACUGCUUAUCCUGCUGUCAGGGUCAUGGGGAUGCUGGAGCCUAUCCCAGCAGUCAUUGGGCGGCAGGCAGGGAGACCCUGGACAGGCCGCCAGGCCAUCAUAAGGCCCACACACACAUUCACACCUAGUGACAAUUUAGUAUGGCCUAAUUAUAUUAUUAAUUAAGAAAUUAAUUUGUUUUGAAUUGAUUUUGUUUAAUCAUGUUUUUGCUCAUAAGGGUUUUUCUACCAUUAACUUGUUGAGUUAUCAUGCAUAUCACUGAUAUGACCUGAAGCAGAGGGAGUAGUGAUAUUGAGGCUUUACUUUAAGUAAGAAACUGAAACAUUCUUUCGAUGGAAGAGCGAAAAAAAUGUGGGUUUAUGAACCGUAUGUUUGUGUUUGAAUAGUUUAUUGAAUCUGCAUUGAAGUAGGACCAGUGUAAGGCUGUGUGUUGUUAAAAUACAACUUUGUUCUCGUCAGUUGUGCAAACCAUGUUAAACCUUUAAAAUGAGGUUCUGUACCCACCACUUCACUUUUGA